GCCCUUUUACUUUCCUGCGAUUGGACUCUGCAAAUUCUCACGCCACGUUCUUCUCAACCAGCUCCUGACAACUGGGAUUCCUUCAUUCCCUCGAGAUCUCAUCAUUACCCAAAGUUUCUUUCUUCUCCUAUAUAAUCAUCCUUUCACCAAGCUGUUUUCAAGAACAUUCGCCAUCUUAACGUGGAGCACACGGCAAGAAUGUGCUUGCGGGUCGAGAGAAGAAGCAGCUCAGUCCAUGGCAGCCAUGACAAUCCAGCUCAGGAAGGUCGUGAUCAGUUGGAGGUCAGGCCAGGAGGCAUGUUGGUGCAGAUGAGGGUGAGUUCUGGGACUGAACACCAGAAUCUAGCUCAGGUCACCAACAUCAGAGUCAAAGUCAAACGUGGCCCUGCAUGUCAUGAGGUUCUCAUCAGCCCUCAAGCCAGCUUUGGGGAACUGAAGAAGAAGUUGGCAGAGCCGACUGGGUUGCAUCAUGAGGACCAGAAAUUGAUAUACAAGAAGAGAGAGAGAGGCUCAAAGCAAUAUCUAGACGUAGCAGGAGUGACAGAUGGAUCAAAAAUUGUUCUCGUCGAGGACGUUUUAGGCCGCGAAAGACGUUGCCUCGAGAUGCUGAAGAAGGUGCAGAGAGAGAAGGCUUCAAAGACAUUGGAAGGAAGCAGCUCGGAGCUCGACAAAAUGAGCGAGAAGGUAUUGGCUCUGAAAAAGGUGGCUUCCGAAGGUGGGAAAGUCGAAAGUAUGGAUGUCGAGAAGCUUAUCGAUGCCUUGAUGAAACUGUACAUAAAAUUAGAUUCACUUGUAGUUCAGGGAGAUCUGAAUUUACAGAAAAGAUUGCAGGUGAGGAAAACUCAGGAGCACAUAGAGAUGCUAGAUGCGCUGAAACUGAAGAGUCCGCUCGGACAAUCCACGAAACCGACAAAAACGAAGCAGGCCGAGAAGAAGCAGGUGAAGUUUAAAGGCCUCAUGCCGGGGACGCAUCAAGCACCGAGGAAUUCGGAUCCGGUGGUCGUAACCACCAAGUGGGAGACUUUCGAAUGAUGCGAAGAUUCAGAAGAUCUUAUCUCCGCAGCCCGUGAAGUUCAUGACUUUAUCUGAGGCCUAGUACAGUGGUUCACCAAUAAUGCAAAUGCAUCUUCAUCUUUCAUCAGUUUCAUCAAGCAGUUCAUCUUCAUUUGUUUAUGUACCUGAAGUCGACACAGAUCGAAAACUUCGAAUUCAAUUAGUUCUCUUUAACUCGA